UCCCGCCGGGGCAGGCGGCUUAGCGCGGGCGAGGGGCGCCGUUAGCUGCCGGCCUUGCCCCGCCGGCGGCCGCACACUCCGCUGGGCCAUGCGGUAGCGGGCCGCGGCGGGCCCGGGCUCUCGGCGACCAUGGAGCGGCUCCCGGGUGGCCGGCGGCCCCGGCUGGUCUCCUCGCUGGGGCUGGGGCAACGCUCCUGGGAGGUCACCUUAGACAGGGAGCGGGGGCAGCUGGCCUGGCGCGACCCCCGCCCGACGCGCCGCGGCGGCGAAAGCUGUUUUAUACCGAUCUCUGAGAUCAUUGCUGUAGAGGAAACUGAAUUUAACAAGAAACACCGUAAUAUUGGCAAAUGGCAAAAAAUGGUGAAGCCACAUGCUUUCACAGUGUAUUAUGUGAAGAAAGCCCGAAAUCACCGCUGGCGGUGCAGUGAUGUGACGUUCUGGUGUGUUGAUGAGCACUUGUGUAAUCAGUGGAUACAGGAGCUGAAAGAAUUACUUGAAAUGCAGAAGUCUAGACCAAAGCAGUUGCUUGUGUAUGUUAAUCCAUAUGGAGGAAAACGACAAGGGAAGAGGAUUUAUGAACAGAAAGUUGCUCCACUCUUUAGUCUUGCCUCUAUCUCCACCGAUGUUGUUAUAACUGAACACCCAAAUCAUGCUAAGGACAGUUUAUUUGAAGUUAAUAUUAAUAAAUAUGAUGGUGUUGUUUGUGUUGGUGGGGACGGCACGUUCAGUGAAGUGAUGCAUGGUCUCAUUGGAAGAAUGCAGAAGGACUCUGGCAUAGACCAAAAUAAUCCCAAAGCACCAUUAGUCCAGUGCAAUAUAAGGAUUGGCAUAAUUCCUGCUGGAUCAACAGAUUGUGUAUGCUACUCAACUGUUGGCAUUUCUGAUCCAGUAACAUCAGCUCUUCAUAUUAUUGUAGGUGACUGUCAACCUCUGGAUGUCUCUUCUGUACAUCAUAACAACACGUUUUUGAGAUACUCUGUAUCAUUGCUGGGUUAUGGCUUUUACGGAGAUAUAUUAAAAGAUAGUGAAAAGAAGCGGUGGAUGGGUCCGAUGAGAUAUGACUACUCAGGCUUCAAGACUUUUCUUUCUCAUCAUUACUAUGAAGGAACAAUUUCAUUUCAACCAGCAAAGCACACACUGGGAUCUCCACGAGAUAAAGAUAGCUGCAGAGCAGGAUGUUACAUUUGCAAGAGAAGUGAGCAACAGCUGGCAGAACAGAACAAGGAAUGUGGAUUAAAACAAGAAGAAGAUGAAGAAGAAUGGAAGGUUAUUAAAGGGAAAUUUCUAGCCAUCAAUGCAGUAAAUAUGAGCUGUGCCUGUCCACGAAGUCCAAAAGGUCUUUCACCAGCAGCUCACUUGGCAGAUGGUGCAGCCGACCUCAUUCUAGUUCGUAAAUGCUCCAGAUUUGAUUUUCUACGGUAUCUUGUCAGACACACAAACCAAGAUGAUCAGUUUGACUUCUCAUUUGUAGAUGUUUAUCGGGUGAAGAGUUUUCAAUUUACAUCAAAGCUUUCAGAAGACAACGAAAGCAGCAUCACAGACAUAGGAAAGAAACGUUUUGGCCAGUUCUGCAGAGACCAUCCGGCCUGUUGCUGUAAUAUUGCUAAUAGCACCUGGAAUUGUGAUGGAGAAACUCUGGACAGUUCAGCAAUUGAAGUGAGGGUUCACUGCCAGUUAAUGAAACUAUUUGCAAGAGGAAUCGAGGAAAACUGUAAAGAUGAAGCUACCUACAGCCAGAUUAGCACUGAACAAUUACUAUAGACAUUGUUCCUCCAAUGGGGAGAAGUAAAAAGUAAAAGCUCAAGGAAAUUGAGUAAAUAUGCAUUUUAGUCAAAUUGACAAGUAUUUUAAAGUUUUAGAUUACUUUUUUGGCUGCUUCAGUAUAAUUUUAGACAUUUUCUUGCAUUGUGUCUUUUUUUUAAAACAUUGUAAUCAUUAAAAUAUACCUUGGAUCAAUGUAAUCUAAGUUCUGUUAGAAAAGAAGAUGGGCAUAUAUAUGUGUAUUCACAAUGACCGAUAAAUUCUCUGUGCUUUUCUAGAGAGCUAAUUUAGCAGCUAUGUUGCAAUAAUGUCUAAAUGUCAUAAAACAUUGGACUUUGCAUUGUCAUCAAACCAAGAUACCAAGAUGUUUCCAGUGUCUUAGAAGACAUCUUCUGCUGGGAGUGUUACAUAGUUGUAUGUGGCUUAAAUGCUGGGCAACAGUGGUGUCAUUCGCAUCUUUUUGUAGUAAAAUCUUUCAUUUUGUAAUUCUGACUAUACCUUGCAACUUAUCAAUGCAAUUCAAACACACAUUCCUGGCUUUAAUAAGAGUUUAGAAGUACUUUGAAAAACAAAAGCACAUCCAUAUACAGACCAUACCUUAUCUAUUCUAUGAAGGCUUCCUUGCAUGAUGCUUUUUGGCAUUAUAAAGGGGUUUUAUGACUGUUUGAACAAUAACCAAAUACCACACUCUGCAAAUGCAAUGUCUUGCAAGCAGCUUGCAAGGAUACUUGUACAAUGGUAAGAAGGCACAGGCAAAAGAAAAUAUAAGUAUCUUCUGAAACACCAGCAAGUUUUAAUUUUUUUGAAACAUCUAAAAUUAACAUAUGAGAAGCUUCCCUCUUCAGUCAUUUAGAGAUUCUACUAUGUAUGUUAAGGUGUCUUUGCAAAACAAGAUCUUGAAAUGUUAAGUUUAAAAAUAUUAUUUGAUGAUUUAAAGUUUUUAAAAUAACAUUUGUUUAACUACAUAGGAAGCAAAAAUUAUUUGUUUUGUGAAGUCAAGGGAAGAAAUGGGCAUCUGAUAAAUCACGAGUUCACUGUGCUCAUUUGUUUUUAUGGGAAAAAAAUGAAGACUAUCAUAUCUACCUACGGAGUGAUUCUUUAAGUUGCAUAUGGAUUUGUCCGUUGUGGCACAUACAUGUUCUGUGUGUAGGCUUGGGGCUAAAUUCUGCUCUUCUUACAUAAAUUUAUUCCUGUCUGAGGACCAGAAAUCAGCCUCUGCUCUCUUCUGUCUUAAGUGUAUAGUUCUUUUUUGUGUCUAAUUAGCUCAUGAUUCUCUAUUUGUGUAUAUUUAUUGGCACUUCUGUCAUUCAGCUUGCAUUGAUUUCAUGUCUCUCAUCUAUUUGGUCUGUGUAAGCCAUGGUGAUUGGUCAUUUUAUUACUGAAGCACUUGAAAAUUGUUAUAAAUGGCAGAUUUUUUUUUUCUAUUGAGGUUAUUUACAUUCCAAUUGUGUAUAAUAUCAAAAUGGUGUCCUGUAUCUUUGCUACAAAGUGUUACUCAUACUGCUCUCUAUGACAAAAAGUACUUGCAAAUGAUCUUUGCUUGAAGUACUGUCAUACAAAGUCCAGAAUCUGUCUUUUGUUAUAUAGUAUUUCAGGGAAAUACUUGAAUACUUUUCCAAAGUACUGCUGUUUACUGUCCUUAUUAAUGCAAUGAGCUGAAAUGUUGAUGGAAUGUUUGUCACACAUUUGUAACACGUGUUACAUGUGCUGUAUCUUUGAAGCCGUGUUUAAGAAGUUAAAUAGUAUUUUUUAACUAAGAAUCCUGUUGAAAUGAGAUUAGGAAGUGCUACAAAUGCAAUUAUUUUUUGGAAGUGUCA